UUGCAACAUUGCGAUGCCGCUCCUUCUAAACUCUUGUAGGUACUUUACCCGUGGCUCGCGCAGUGAGAAAUGAGCUCGUCGAGCAUUGACGCGCGAUUUGAAAGAUUUCGGGGCAAUGAAAGUCCACAGACAACGAUGAAAUUUGGCCGAAACGCGAAGCUAUAAGGUGUGGUUUUGCCAUAGCUGUGCCGCUGGCGAAUUGUUUGCAAAAAUAUACAGUCAAAAAUAUUCUCUCUGUUGAGAUAGUCGCCACGACAGUCUCGGGUCUUCAUCAUGCGUCUUUCCACGCUUAUCAAAACUGCUUUCAUGAUGUCCGUUGCCCGAGCUGAUACUCUCCUUUAUCGCAAUACAUUCAAUGACAGCAGUUCCAUCGCGAGCUGGGUAGCCGAAGGCCCAUUAAACGCAGUUGUGUCCAACAACACCCUUGAACUUAGUGGCAGAGGCAAAGCAGACGAUUACUUCGUCUACUGGCUACCUGAAGUUUUCCCUGAUCGCAUCCGCAUUACUUGGGAAUUUUCGGCCAUCCAGGAACCCGGUCUUGCAAUGUUUUUCUUCGGCGGAGCAUCAGUAGCUGGCGGUAGCAUUUUCGACAAAGGCCUUGCGCCUCGAAACGGGAGUUAUCCCCAAUAUCACUCUGGAGAUAUUCGUGUUCUUCAUGCGUCAUAUUUCCGUCGACGAUGGCCGGAGGAGCGCGCUUUCCAUCUAGCAAAUUUGCGAAAAUCUCCUGGCUUUCAUCUCGUGGCGCAAGGGGCGGACCCACUACCUCCGGUUGCUGAUGCGAAGGGAGCCUUUUACAAGGUCGAAGUUGUCAAAGACAAGCGCGAUGUGCGCUUCUCUAUCAAUGGAUUGUUGCUCUUUUCCUGGGAGGAUACCAAAACAAAUACUGGUCCAGUCGUCCGAGAAGGCCGGAUAGCAUUUCGUCAGAUGCAACCGCUUGUUGCACGCUAUCGCAAUUUGGAGGUCUGGAAAUUGGAUUGAGAGAUAUAGUGUUUGAGAAGAGAAUGAGCUGAAGCCAUCGUUUGUGAAGAGGGGAUUUUCAAAUGGUCUGCAAACCCGACAGCAUAUAAUAUUUUGGCGCUGGGGUGAUCAUUAUCCCUUCUGCUACAACUCUGC